CUCUAAUUCUGCGUUGGCCACGACAAGGCGGCGAUGGCGCGGCGCCUUGCGACCCUGGCGACCCUGGCGACGGCGACGGCCGUCGCGGCCGGCGCACCUCAGGAAUUCAAGAGCUAUGAAGACUUUAAGAAGGACAUGGUGAAUGCAGGCAAGGGAGCAACGGACUUCACAACCUUCUCUGAGGCCUGGGAGCGAUACCAGCAGUUUGCGGAGUAUCUCCACAAGCAGGGAAACAAGUCUCCCUUUGGAUUUCACAAGUUCUUGACCGACUACCAGCAGUACAUGGAUUUCAAUCAUUACAUGGGCAAGGGCGUUCAUCAACAGGGCGAUGCUAGCUCCCACUUCAAGGACUUCAUGGACUUUGAGAAGUUCUUGUCAUAUCGCCAAGGUGGUGCAGAUGCUCCGAUGAUGGCAGCAGACAAAGGAUCUGAUGAGGGUGAGUCGUCCGGCUUUGGUGGCUUUGCCGGAAAGUUCGUCCCUAGCGACACAACCGAGGGCGGCCCUAAAGGCGGUCUAUCUGGUGUCACCAACGACUUCCGACAUUACAUGGACUAUUCCAAGUACAUGGACAUGUUCCACAAGUAUACCAAGAAGGAUUGGAUGUCAGAGUGGCAGCAGUUUCAGAAUCAGAGCAUGCAGCAACAAAAUGUGCCCUACAACGCCAAGGAUUGCCAAACUGAGGAGCAACUCAAGCAGUGGCGCCAGAAGCAAACGGACACUGCCAAGCAAUGGAUUCCUGACAUGUACCAGGGGCCAACCCUUCAGAGCAUCGACCAGGACUACAAGGAGAACUUGGAGCGCAUCAAGAAGGGUGGCAAGGCAGACAGCAAGGCCGUGGACGCUGCGGUAGAGCCCGACUCGUCGUAUCCUUUGACUUUGGUCAAGGCGCCUGUGGCUACGCUGAGCGCCAAGCCCAGCACUGAGGGUGCGCGCAAGGCGCAGUCGGUGACCGAGCUUGUCGCCUGGCGAGGACGCAUGGGAGCGUUGGUGGAUGCUCUCCCCACGCAGGAGCAAGCAGAAUGGGACCAAGUCUUUGAUGGUGAGAUGAAGGCCGCCUUUGAUCGCCUGAAGAUGGGCGCCAGCGAAGUACAAACUCGGAGGCGCGGAGCAGCGCCACCCAGCGCGCUGGUCGAGAAGGCCCCAAAGAGUGGCAUGCUGGAGUUCAGCCGAACGAUGCUGGUCUUCGUGGUGAGCUUCAGCGUGCCGGUGGCGGGCAUGUACGUCUACCGGGCGGUGAAGCAGGCAUCCGUGGGCACUGACUUGGAUGCCGCGUUCUUGAGCCUCGGGGCUCCAGGUGAGCCGUAGACAUGGGAUGCGCUCUUUGUGGCAUCCGAGGUUCAUUUUGCAAGGUUAGGUCUGACAGAAGCUGCCCAGUUGGUGGCGGUGAAUUUUCUGCGCCUGGCACUUUUGUUGUGGGCCAAAAAAGGGAUGCCAAAGUGUUCGAGACUUGAGAGGCUGUGCCAGAGGUUCCCAAAGCAUGGCCUUUGACCUGG